AUGGUGUCUUCUCUGUCCAAGGAAUCGCAAGUCGAAUUGCAGCUGUUCCACAACGAAGUGAAUGCCGCUAAUCCGUCGGACUUCCUUCAGUUCGCCGCCAACUAUUUCAAUCUGAGAUUGGAGCAACAGAGAAGUUUUCUCAAGGAUAGGGAGCCCGAAUUCAAGGCCAAGAACAUUGUUCUGUUUCCAGAACCGGAAGAGUCAUUUUCCAGGCCCCAAUCAUCUCAGUCGCAAUCGAGGUCCAGAUCAAGCGUGAUGUUCAAGUCUCCCUUUGUAAACGAGGACCCACAUUCGAACGUGUUCAAGAACGGGUUCAAUUUGGACCCGCAUGAACAGGACACUAAUCAGCAAGUGCAGGAAGAGCAGCAGCACAUUAGAGAAAAGACCUCCACCCCUCCGCUCCCAAUGCACUUCAACGCCCAAAGACGUACUUCAGUUAGUGGUGAGACGCUACAGCCAAACAAUUUUGACGACUGGACUCCGGAUCACUACAAGGAAAAGUCCGAGCAGCAAUUGGAAAGACUCGAAAAAUCGAUCCGCAACAACUUCCUCUUCAACAAGCUGGAUUCUGACUCUAAGAGGCUGGUCAUCAACUGUCUGGAGGAAAAAUGCGUUCCCAAGGGCGCUACGAUUAUCAAGCAGGGCGACCAAGGUGAUUACUUCUACGUCGUAGAGAAGGGUACCGUCGACUUUUACGUCAACGACAACAAAGUCAAUUCCUCCGGUCCAGGCUCCAGUUUCGGGGAAUUGGCUCUUAUGUACAACAGUCCCCGUGCUGCCACGGUUGUGGCCACGUCAGAAUGUCUGUUGUGGGCGCUAGACAGACUUACUUUCAGGAAGAUUCUUUUGGGAAGCUCUUUCAAGAAGAGACUCAUGUAUGACGAUCUUUUAAAAAGCAUGCCCGUUUUGAAGAGCUUGACAACGUACGACCGUGCCAAGCUUGCCGAUGCCCUGGAUACCAAGAUCUACCAGCCGGGAGAAACAAUCAUCCGCGAGGGUGACCAAGGGGAGAACUUCUAUCUGAUUGAGUACGGAGCUGUGGACGUUUCCAAGGAGGGUCAAGGUGUUGUAAACAAACUGAAGGACCAUGAUUAUUUCGGUGAAGUGGCUUUGCUGAACGACUUGCCCAGACAGGCCACUGUCACUGCUACAAAGAGAACCAAAGUUGCCACGUUGGGGAAAAGCGGCUUCCAAAGACUCUUGGGUCCUGCAGUAGACGUAUUGAAGCUCAAUGACCCUACAAGACACUAA